AAUAGCUAAAACUGUAUAAUGUGUUGUGUUUAGCUUAGUAAUAACUUCAAUGCCUAGCAUACCGUAGUUGGUCCCGGCACGAAAAUCCCAAACAAAAUCUUUUCAUAACUAUACACUACUGCGCUACGAUUUACGUACUCAAGGUUAAACUUGCAUAGCCAAGGCCUUAACUACGAGAAUGAACCCAGCUCAGCUCCCUCUGAAUCAACAGCUCGUCUAUCUUCGUUCACUCCUGACCAGAAAUAAGACCCUCAUCACAGUACUUACACGCGCCCCGGCACUCAAUCUACCCAACUGGUAUCUUACAGCCGGCGCAGUAUCUCAAACGAUUUGGAAUGCAGUUUCGUCACUACUUCCCGAUACCGGGAUCGAUGAUUACGACCUUGUCUACCACGAUUCUUCGGACCUCUCUUACGAAGCCGAGGGCAAGGUGAUCCAAGCUGGUAGACUACUCUUUGACAAUCUACCAGUUAAGGUUGAGAUCCGCAACUAGGCGCGUGUCCAUUUAUGGUACAGGAAGACAUAUGGGAUACACUGCGCACCUCAUCAGACUGUGGAGGCUGGAAUCGACUCGUGGAUAUCGACGAGCGCCAUGAUAGGAAUUAGAUUAGAGGACAGCGGAGAAUAGAGUGUAUAUGCGCCCCGGGGACUUUCAGACUUCUUCAAUAUGAGACUCGGGCCUAAUACUUAGAUCAAAGCUGAGAGUGUCCUUGCUGGCUGUCACAGGCUAGGUGAAUAUCAAAUCGGCGACCUUAUGACAAUUCCAAAUCGUACCGUUCGACAUGACACGCCAUCCGCCAAUUUUCCUAAGAAUGAUAAAG